ACCUUCACUUUCUAACUCAAACCCAACAAAGCUCUCAUCUUUCAACGUUUCAGACAGUUUCAUAUUCUCCAUGUUCUGGUUUUUCCACUUCUUUUGGAUCCUACUUUUGCUGAUAAGUGGAAAAGCUUCCUUUUUUGAACAAACCCAGUACUUUUUUCAAGUUUAAAAUGUGCUGAAGUUGUUUAGUAUCUGUUAAUUACAGACUGACUGCAAGUUCUAGAGCUCAUUAGUUGCUAAUAUUGUUCUUAAUUAACUGGGCAAGUGGAAUUAAGAAGAGAUGGAGAAUAGUUUGAGCUGGGAGCAAAAGACACUUAUCAGUGAGCUAAUCCAAGGAAUGGAGUUUGCAAAACAGUUGAGGAGACAUUUGAAUACGUCAUCAGUUGAAACUAGAGACUCUUUAGUGCAGAGGAUUUUAUCUUCGUAUGAGAAGUCUUUGUUAAUUCUUAAUUGGAGUGGGUCAACUGGGCAGCCCCAAAGUGUUGGAGUCAAUGUUGGGAAUACUAAUAAUAAUGUCCCAGAGUCUCCUAUAUCGAUGAACGGAAGUCCUGGAAGUGAUGAUUUUGAUGGGAAUCAAAAUGAUGCCUCAAAGAAGAGAAAGAAAAUGCCCAGAUGGACAGAUCAAGUUAAAGUCAGCUCUGAUGGACUAGAAGGACCCCAUGAUGAUGGCUAUAGCUGGAGAAAAUAUGGGCAGAAAGAUAUUCUAGGAGCCAAAUAUCCAAGAAGCUAUUACAGAUGCACCUACAGAAAUACGCAGAACUGCUGGGCUACAAAGCAAGUGCAGAGAUCAGAUGAAGAUCCCACCAUUUUUGAGGUCACAUACCGAGGCGUACACACCUGUUCUCAUGGCCAACAAUCAGUUCCACCACCUGUAUCACCGGAAAAACAAGAACAGAAACAAAACAAUAAUCAACUGCAGCAUCAAGCACAAGCAACCCUUUCUAACUUUCAAAAGAGCCUGAGAGUUAAAACUGAUGACUUGGACAAUAAAGAGAUGGAAUAUCCUUUCUCUUUUCCUCCUACAUAUGGAGGUGUAAAAAGUUCAGGCACUUAUUCUCCAUCGUUUAUAUCUCCGGCCACACCUGAACCAAACUACUAUUCUGUUUCACCAUUCCAAAUGAACAAUUUUAUUGCAGUUCAAAAUUUUCCCCAGACUGAUUCCGAUUUCACUGAGAUAAUUUCUGCCAAUACUUCAGCCACCAAUUCUCCGAUUGUGAACCCAGAAUUCUCACUUCAGUCACUGGAAUUGGAUCCAAAUUUUCCAUUUGACACACCAGGAUUUUUCUCUGAACUUUAAGACACUGAAAAUAAGAAAUGACAGAGCUAUCUGCUGGGUUGCACUUACCACAGUAGCCUAGCUUGUAUUACACACAAGUAAGGAUAGGAUGCAUGUAAAAUGGAAAUAGUUAUAAUAGUAUUGUCAAAUUUUGGAAUUUUCUCACAAAUAAUAACAAUAAU